GAUACUCAUGUCAACAAUGGUUAUGUUGCGUUCGAAUGUACACAAGUACGAGUGUGAAACAUAUUUCUAAUCGAAAAUGAGUCUUGUAGCAUACGACAGCAGUGACGAGAGCUCAGAAAACGAAGAGAACGAGGCUGCAGAAUCAAAUACUGUGAAUGAUACGAAUAACGAUACAACCGAAGUAGUAACCAUACAAAUAAGUUCGAAAUUAUCCUUACCUGCUCCGAAAGUAGUUCACAUAGUUUCACAUAAUACAAACAUUGAAGAAGAGAAUGAUGAAGCGGAGCAUAACUUACAACAAUUUCUCGAUACUUUACCAAAGCCCAGAGAUUCCAUUUUUAUGGGAAAUGUUGAGGAGGUCGAAGAUGAUAUUCUGUUAAAAAAAGAAACAGAAAAUCAAAUCUCGAAACCAGCAAAAAAGCAGAUAGUGCGAAUAUCGGUGCCUUCCUUAUUGGAGUUUAAGGAUCUUGAAGAGGAGAGUGAAAAGAAACCAGCCAGAAUCAUACAAUCAUCACAAAAGGGUUGUGGACUCUUCUCCCUCUUAAUAGCACCAAAAGAAGAGAGAGCAAACAAUAAGACUCUAAUACCUCAGGCUGUUAAGAAUGCAGCGGUAAAAGCAAAUGUAUUGCAAUCAAACGCAUUGAGGAAAUCUAGUACAAAUCAAAACGAUUUUAAAGUGAAAAAGCCAACUCCAGAUAAAUCACAUAAUGAAUCAAGCUCUGAUGAAGAAAAUGCAACGAUAGACUUUUUUGGGCUGGCCACAAGUGAAGAUCUGCCAGACAAUUCCACAGGCAAUAAUCCAACAGAAUUAGAUUCAACAUUGCCUUCGGAUGAUCUUGUACAUAAAUCAAAUACUGAAAUCUUACUUAUGAAACAUGUGGAAGAUCAUAAAACACCCAAUUCUUCCUCUAUUAAUCCUGAUAUUUCGAUGAAUGGCCAAUCAAGUAAAACGUUAACAAGUAAUGUUAUAAAUCUACCGAAAGAAGAGAUUUUAUUGAAGAAUAAAGCAGAGGUUGGUCCAAAAUUGCCUGUCCCUGAACAAGAAUAUAACGUUGAUUUGGAAGGCAAUGUUGCCUUUGAUGAAAAAGCAAUUGAAUAUCUUUGUGGAAGACGGGGUAUAAAACGCAAGGAAAUCGACGAAGCGGAUAUAAUCGAAAUAAAUGGAGAAGACAUAAAACCAGAUGAAAGAGAAUGGUUGGUAAAAGCGUUAACAGAAGAAUCUGUACACAGGCCAGUAUCUAUGCAGAGCGGUGGAGUAAACUCUCAAUCCAAGAAGAAACAUCAAAUAACUUAUUUAGCACAUCAAGCUAAAGCCAUGGAACUAGAACUAAAAAAUCAGUGGUCUCAGAAUAGGAUGGCACGGAAACAAACAAAAUCAAAAUAUGGUUUCUAAAAGCAAUUUGUACAAGUUUUUUUUUAGAUAUAUGCACAUA